AUGUCGGACGGACAACCCGAAGGAAACACCCAGGCGCAUUCUGACAGUAACCCCAUCUCUAUCAAGGCAAGUCGUAACGUCGACGGGAGAGGAAGUGGAGCGUAUGCGAGCAAAGUGGGAAAGGAUGUGAACACAUUCCGGUUCCUGUACGAUGGCAACCGAAUCAAUGACGAGGACACACCGUCCAGUUUGGAUAUGGAGGAUGACGAUACGAUCGAUGUCAUGGUUGAACAGGUCGGAGGAUCGGUAUAA